AUGCACCAAGAUAACCAAACUAUGAUCUCUGAAUUCUUUCUUCUGGGACUCACAGUUGGGUCUAAACAGCAGCAGCUUCUCUUUGUGCUUUUUCUGUGCAUGUAUCUAGCCACCAUGGUGGGAAACUUACUUAUUAUCCUGGCUAUCAGCAGUGACCCUUCUCUCCACAGCCCCAUGUAUUUCUUCCUUGCCAAUCUAUCCUUUGCUGACAUCUGCUUCACUACCACCACAGUCCCCAAAAUGUUGGUAGACAUCCAAAGCCAGAGUCCAACUAUCUCGUUUGCAGGAUGCCUUACACAAAUGUAUUUUUUUAUGUUGCUGGUUGACCUGGACAAUUUCCUCCUGUCAGCAAUGGCAUAUGAUCGAUACAUUGCCAUCUGUCAACCAUUGCACUAUACUGCGUUACUGAGUCCCAAGCGCUGUGCCCUUUUGGUACUGAUCCCGUGGGUCAUCUCCAACUUUGUUUCAGUACUGCAUCUCAGUAUGCUGAGCCACUUGUCUUUCUGUGACCAUAGAACAAUUCUACACUUCUACUGUGACCUGGAAUCUGUUUUAAGACUUGCUUGCUCAGACACCUAUAGCAAUGACUUAUUGAUCCUAGUUAUUGGCGGAGCAGUCAUCUUCAUCCCUUUUACUUUCAUUCUUGUUUCAUAUGCCCUUAUUGGCAGCAUUGUGUGUGGGAUUCCAUCAGCCAAGGGAAAGUGGAAAACGUUCUCUACUUGUGGUUCCCAUCUCACAGCAGUGUCCCUUUUUUAUGGGUCCAUCACUGGGGUCUACUUUCUUCCUGCUUCUUCCUACUCAGCAGAAAGGGAUAAGGUGGCUGCCAUCAUGUAUACCAUCGUAACUCCCAUGAUGAACCCCUUCAUCUAUAGUCUAAGGAACAAAGACAUGAAAGGGGCACUGGGAAGACUACUCAGCAGGAAAAACUUUUCCUGGAGAUGA